AUGCGUGUCCAAUUAAAAGAGCGGAGCCCAACGGAGAAGAUGUCCGAGCUCACCAAUGGAAAUACUGAGACAUAUGAGCCAAUGGCCAUUGUCGGUAUGGCCAUGCGUCUACCGGGAGAAGUAUACAAUGGUGAGGAUUUCUGGAAUCUUUUGGUUGAGAAAAGGAGUGGAAGCUGCGAUGUUCCCAAAGAUCGAUACAACAUUGAUGCCUUUUACGAUGCAAACGACAAACCCGGUACCGUGCGGACAAAACAAGGGUAUUUUCUCAAUACCGUCGAUAUCCAACAAUUUGAUAGUAGUGUUUUUACAACUUCUAAGAAGGAACUGGAGCGGCUGGAUCCGCAACAGCGUCAGCUGCUGGAAGUGUCCUAUGAAUGUCUAGAAAAUGCAGGCUGCACCUCAUAUCGCGAUAGCAAAAUUGCUUGCUACGUGGGUGUAUUCACAGAAGAUUGGCAAGAUCUCAAUGCAAAGGAGACCCAACAUAUGGGUGGAUAUCGUGUGACAGGAUAUGGAGACUUUACAUUGAGUAAUCGGGUUUCCUAUGAAUUUGACCUUCAUGGCCCUAGGUCUAUCCAGGUAGGUGAAUGCGACGGGGCCUUAGUUGAGGGUGUCAACAUGAUCUUUUCCCCUACUAUGACUCUGGCCCUCAGCGACCAAGGUGUACUAUCACCUACUGGAUCUUGCAAGUCAUUUGAUGCUGCAGCAGAUGGCUACGCUCGUGGAGAAGCCGUCUCGGCCAUUUAUAUCAAGAAAUUAAGCCAGGCACUAGCAGAUGGGGACCCUGUUCGAGCCGUAAUUCGCGGCACUAGCGUUAACACAGACGGUCGCACUCAGGGUAUGUUGACACCAAGCUCUAUUUCUCAAGAGGCCUUGAUACGUCGUGCAUAUGAGGUCGCAGGUAUUUCCGACCUCUGUCAGACCGCUAUUGUUGAGUGUCACGGGACCGGUACUUCAGCCGGCGAUCCCCUUGAAGCUGCCGCUGUUGCGAAAUGUUUUGGUGAGAAGGGAGUUAUCAUCACAUCGGUUAAACCCAAUGUGGGACACUCCGAAGGUGCCGCCGGCUUGACAAGUCUGAUCAAGGGUGUUUUGGCCCUUGAGCACCACCAAGUGCCCCCGAAUAUCAACUUCAGCACACCCAACCCAAAAAUCCCAUUUGAGGAGUGUAAGCUUCAUGUCCCCAUUGAGCUCGAGCAAUGGCCCCAGGGCCGUGCAGAAAGGAUCAGCGUUAAUUCGUUUGGUAUCGGUGGUGUUAACGCGCAUGUUAUUCUGGAAUCCGUUGAACAAUAUAGCCUUCCGGAGCCCAAAGAGCACGAGACAGUUGUUCAGGAACCACUAAGCCAACAGCACCUAAUGCUUCUCUCCGCCUGUAGCGAAGAAUCCUUGAAAGAAACAAUAGAAAACCAUCGCAAGUAUACCCAAGACAACGCGUCGUCUUUGCGCGACAUCGCAUACACACUGUCAAAUCAUCGGUUGCAUCAUGCCUAUCGCGCCUAUGCCGUGGCAAAAGAAGCAUCCGACUGGCAAGUUUCAGCUAUCGAAACCGUCAAAUCCAAGCCAACCAUCGCCUGGGUAUUCACAGGACAAGGGGCUCAAUGGCCAGAGAUGGGUGCUCAACUGAUCGAUACGAACCCCGUUUUCCAAACGUCUAUCAGGAAUUUGGAUCAAUUUUUGUUGAGUCUGCCGAACGCUCCAUCUUGGACAAUUGAAGUUCAUAGAGCCGAAAUGGGCCACCCACUCUCAAUUGCCCUACAGAUCGGCUUGAUUGACGUUUUAAAAUCUUGGGGAAUCGUGCCCAAGCUCGUUUUUGGCCAUUCAUCUGGAGAAAUGGCUGCUGCAUAUGCUAGCGGCGCUAUUACUGCCGAGGGAGCGAUGGCCGCCGCAACUUUCCGGGGAAUCAGCAAUACCGAAUCAACGCAGAAGGGAUCGAUGGCGGCUAUCGGUUUAGGCCGCGCGGAUGUGACCCCAUAUCUCGAGUCGGGUGUUGUCAUUGCAUGUGAAAACAGUCAUAUGAGCGUAACUCUCGCUGGCGAUGCAGAACCGAUGGUCGCCGUUGUUAAUCGCAUCAAGGCUGAUCACCCUGAUAUACUUGCUCGCUUCCUGAAAGUUGAGAAGGCUUUCCAUUCCCAUCAUAUGAAGGAGUAUGGUGCCUCAUACCGAGAACAUAUUGGACCUUUCAUCACUAGUGUUGAUCCAAAGAUACCAUUCUACUCGGCAGUUACAGGAGACCGGCUGACAGGUAAUGGAUGUCUCGGGCCUGCGUAUUGGCGCCAAAAUAUGGAGAGCCCCGUGCUGUUCAAUUCAUCUAUGCGAGCUGUUCUGAGGGAUCACAAAGAAAAGUUGGUCUUUAUUGAAAUAGGCCCUCAUUCGGCUCUCAAGGGACCCAUGGGACAGAUCCUACGAGACACCAGCCGGUCCGAAGAGGUCCACAUUGGCACAUUACAGCGAAAUAAGAGCUGCCAUGAGAGUUUGCUGCAAUGCGCUGGUAAUUUGUUCCAACAGCAUGUUGCCCUAGAUUUCGCUUCUCUCUUUCCAGUGGGUCGAUGCGUCAAAGAUAUGCCCCGGUAUGCUUGGAAACGCGACGCCUCACACUGGUCUGAAUCACGCGUAGCCAACGAGUGGCGUUUCCGCGAGUAUCCUCCGCAUGAUCUCCUAGGUAUUCGAGUAAUCGAAACGGGCAGCCAGGAGCCGCAUUGGCGGAAUAGACUGGCUUUGGAAAAUGUUCCAUGGCUUGGUGGACACGAAGUCAGCGGCCAGACCGUUUUUCCCGCCGCAGGAUACAUCAGCAUGAUCGGGGAGGCUCUGCGCCAGUUGAAUAGUGGGACUGAAGGAGAGUCCACCUACAGUCUUCGGAACGUCCGUAUUGCCUCGGCAAUGGUGCUUGAGCCUGAGAGGGUCAGCGAGCUACUAACUAGUCUGAAGCCAAUGGCCCUUGACUCGUCAGAUCAGACUCCCUGGUAUAGUUUCACGAUUAGCUCGUUUGACGGUAACAAUUGGGUGCGAAAUUGCUACGGCGAAGCACGGAAAUCAGUCGAAAAAUCAUCUCCUUUCUUACUGGGGCCCGAACAGAUCAUCGAGUAUCCGCGAAAGGUAGAUGAGAACUACUGGUACAAUAUAUUGACUAAACUUGGCUUUGAAUACACCGGAGCUUUCCGCGGGCUGCAAAAAAUCACAUCUGGAACUGUUACUAGUCAAGCUGCAGCAGUUGUUCCAUUCGACGAGAAGCAUAAUCAAGGUGAUCAAUAUCCUGUGCACCCAGCAGUAAUUGAUCAGUGCUUUCAGAUUUUCACUGUAGCAGCCGCACGAGGACGAGGCCGUGCUUAUCGCCAAAUUGCCGUGCCAACAUUUAUCGAGGAGAUUGUCAUUGCCCCCUCCAACAAUGGGCACUUGGACGCGAUGGCAAAUAUUGAUAGUUAUGAUCGGGGAUCUUUCGUCGGUCACUUGAGCGCUCAGAGUGGGGGAAAGGCAGUUCUGAGUCUCACUGGAUUUAAAGCCACAGCACUCAGCUACGCGGAGUCCGCAUCUGAUGAACUGCCUCUAAUCAACCAAUUGGAGUGGAAGCCUCACAGUGAUUUUGCGGACAUGAGCAAGUUAAUGCGUCCUCGCCAGCAUUGCCCCUCAGAAUGGCUACUUCUAGAAGAGCUUAUCCUGCUAUGUAUGCUGGAUCACCAGAGAAGAUUAACCUUCGAGCUCUCAGCUGAGCAUCUUGUCAAGUUCCUCGCAUGGCAACAAAAGCAAAUUGAUCGUUACCGUAAUGGACACAAUAACCUCGUUCCAGCUGAUCGACGCCUUGAAGAUCUCGAUGAGGAAAAUCUCUUGGCUCGAAUUGAGAGUAUUGCCGCACAGGUCAAAACAUCGCCAUAUGCUGUAUUCGCCACGGCAAUUCACAAAUUAUUUCACUCCGCGACAGCUAUAUUCAAAAACGAGGCUCAUCCACUGCACAUUCUCCGAGAGGAAGAUGUUUUGAGCGAGUUCUACGCGGUGGUAGAUGGAUUUCUUGACUAUGCAGAUGCAAUCCAAGUUCUAGGCAAUACUAAUCCCCAACUACGAGUGCUGGAGAUUGGUGCUGGGACUGGAGGAACGACCCGAAAAAUUAUCAGUGCGCUUACUUCUUCGUAUGGAGAGCGACUAUACAGCAGCUACACUUUUACUGAUAUUUCUGCUGGUUUUAUGACCGAUGCGAAGGAACUCUUAAGAGAAUAUGAGGGAAUUGAAUUCAUGGUAUUUGAUGUUACCCAAGAUCCUAUCGCACAGGGCUUUGAAUUGGAGAAGUACGAUUUAAUUGUUGCAAGCAACGUUAUCCAUGCCACGCCAUCGUUGCAGGAGUCUUUACGUACUAUUCGCAGUUUGCUGAGCCCUGUUGGAUGUCUUUUUUUGCAGGAACUCACUCCUGAGGCUAAGUUCUACGACUACGUCAUGGGAUAUCUAUCGGGAUGGUGGUUAGGAAACGAAGACGGUCGUACUGAUCAACCAUAUGUUACCGUAGACAGAUGGUCUACAGAACUGGUCGCUGCGGGAUUCCGAGAACCCGUUUCAAUUUUAGACGGGAUUGCCCCUUACCACAGCAAUGCAGGAAUUCUCGCUACGGUCCAGAGCACACAGACCCCAGUCACCCGCAUUACCUUGCUCUGUUAUGAUCCAGAAGGCCCCUACGUGCAGGAAUUUCUUGAUCGACUGCUAGACCUGGAAAUUACUACCGAUGUCUGUAACUUCGGGUCAGACCUUCCGCCGUCGCAGGACAUCAUUUCCUUGCUCGAGAUUGAAAAUUCAAUCGUGCACGACAUGUCCGAAGAAACUUUCAAGACGCUCCUGAAUUACCUACAGACGCUGCAGAGCAAUGUGCUAUGGGUUACCCCGGCAGCUCAAGUAAACUGUAAGGACCCCAGAUCAGCUAUGAUUCUGGGUCUAGCGCGAACUGCACGAAACGAACUUUCGAUUCCACUAUAUACCGUUGAAGUGGACAGCGAGACAGCAAAGUCAGUUGGAGCAGAUGCUGUGGUCCAAAUCCUUCUUCGCAUUAAUACAGUGGGUCUUGAUUCAGAGGUAAUGGACCCGGAUUGGGAGUUCGCUAUUGUCAAGGGAGAGAUUCUUGUGCCUCGUUUGCACUGGCAGACGGUGUCUAGUGCACUAGACCGUUCACACCAAUCAGACUUUGCUACCUCUCAGCGUAUCACCAUCGGAACACCCGGUCUACUUCACACAAUGCAAUGGGAGGAUCAGAAGAUUGAGAGCCUGAAAGAGGACGAAGUGCGAAUUCAGACAAAGGCUGCUGGUUUGAAUUUCAUGGAUGUCCUUAUCAGCCUCGGUGUUAUUAGUAUCGGAGCCAGCGACAUGGGGCUCGAAGGCGCUGGUAUCAUUGAAGCCAUUGGGCCUAAUGUUAACAAUCUUGCGGUUGGAGAUAGAGUGCUUUAUAUGUCAACUGGAUGUUUCUCUACUUCCUUCACUUUGUCAGAGAAGCUAUGUAUUCGGCUAAGUAAUGAUAUGAGUUUUGUGAAAGCAGCCUCGCUGCCAUGUGUCUACGGUACAGCUAUCAUGGCGCUAAUUGACAAGGCAAAUCUUCAACCUGGACAGUCGGUUCUUAUCCACUCCGCAGCUGGCGGUGUUGGUUUGGCGGCCAUUCAGAUUGCGCAGAUGAUUGGCGCGAAGAUUUACUGCACUGUCGGUAGCGAAGCCAAGAUCGAAUACCUGGUCCAGAAUCACCAUAUCGAGCGCUGUCAGAUUUUUAAUUCGCGCGACUCAUCAUUCCUUCGUGACAUUAUGCAGGCUACUGAUAACGAAGGUGUGGAUGUGGCACUCAAUUCCUUGUCAGGAGACUUGUUGCACGCAACAUGGAACUGUGUCGCCAAGUUUGGAACUAUGGUGGAAAUUGGAAAACGUGACUUUCAGCGUCGAGCUAAGCUCUCUAUGGAAUUGUUUGAGGCUAAUCGAACAUUUGUUGGGCUUGAUCUCAGAGAUCUUAAUCAACAGAAACCAGAGAAAGUGGUUGAGCGAUGUGUGCGAUGGAUCGACUCUGGAAAGAUUACCCCCGAUGCUGUUACAAAUACGUUCCCCGCUUCACAAAUUCAAGAAUCAUUCCGGUUUAUGCAGGGUGGUCGUCAUAUCGGAAAGAUUGUCAUAGAGAUGCCACAUGAUGCGAAGUCUCCAGAGUCAUCCAAGAUCAAGCCAGUUUCAACCCUGCGCCCCGACCGCACAUAUUUCCUUGUUGGUGGACUAGGCGGUUUAGGUCGAGCGGUGGCGACAUGGAUGGUCGAACACGGAGCACGCUAUUUGAUAUUUUUAUCUCGUUCUGCUGGUACUCAGAACACGAUUAUUCGUGACUUUGUCCAGGAACUGCAUUCCCAGGGCUGCGCAGUGCAGCUUGUUGCAGGGAGUGUGAGCGAGAAGUCUGACAUUCAACGAGCCAUCAAGAACGCUGAAAUGCCAAUUGGGGGUGUAAUUAACAUGUCCAUGGUGCUGAAGGACAUUCCUCUAUCAGGCAUGACGUUUUCUGACUGGAUGACAGCAGUUGAGCCCAAGGUUCGUGGUACUUGGAAUUUGCACGAGGCUUUAGAAUAUCAACCUACACCACUUGAUUUCUUCAUUCUAUACUCAUCUUUCAGUGGUGUUGCCGGACAAAGGGGCCAGGCGAACUACGCUUCCGCCAACACCUUCCUUGAUGCCUUUGUCCAAUACCGUCACAGCAAGGGACUUGCCGCAUCUGUCAUCGACAUUGGGGUAAUGGGUGAAGUUGGCUUUGUUUCACAAAACAAUGAUACCCUUGAACGCUUUGAGAAAACCGGUAUGCAUUUGUGCAAGGAGCAAGACCUUCUUGACGCCAUGACUCUGGCUAUAGAGCGCUCCUCCCCCAAGCCACAGCCGGAUGCGAGCGUAACCACCUACCAAAACCCCUCACAGAUCAUGCUUGGUCUUCACACCACAAUCCCUAUCACCUCGCCCUCUAACCGUGUGGAUUGGAAGCGUGAUAUGCGCACCAUAAUUUACCGCAACAUCAAUAGCGGAAACGAGGGUUCCUCUUCCCCAUCAUCAUCGGACAAGAACAGUGACUUGAGAAAUUUUGUCGUGGUUGCUACUGGUAAUCCAAAUCUACUUGCAGAUGAUCCAGAAGGUUCUGCUACAAUUAUUGCGCAGGCACUUGCUGUAGCUCUAGAAAGCCUCCUCAUUAAAGAAAAUAUUUCGCUAAACGAUUCGCUGCCUGCUUCGGGCGUCGACUCGCUGGUUGCGAUGGAGGUGAAGAACUGGAUUAAGCAGCAAUUAAGUAUCGAGGUAAGUACAUUCACUUUGCUUCAAAACUCACCAUUGAUUGCGUUGGGUGAGAAUCUCCGUGUAUUACUUGCUACAAAGUUGGGGCUACGGAUUUAG